AUGGACCCAGAGACGAGGUACAUGUCCCUCUCAUUCGUUCCUGGGACUAACUCUGAGCAGCUGCCAACACCUUGGAAGUUCCUGGCUGCUGCCUGCAGUGAUGGAUCGGUCCGGGUCUUUGGUCUCCUGGAGGCCGCUCGGAAGCUGGUGCUGGUGGCUGAGUCGUUCCACCACCAGCGCUGUGUGCUGAAGGUGGAGGUGUUCCUGCACACGCAGGCAGGAGGGGAGAGGAAGCACCUGCUGUGCAGCGCAGCCACCGAUGGCAGCCUCGCCUUCUGGGACAUCACCGGCCCCGUGGCAGAGGCGACGGCCGCCCUGCACCGAGCAGGGGGGGAGAUGCAGCCCCUGGCCCUGGGCUCCCCGCUGCUCACGGUCAUGGCCCACAGCUGCGGCGUGAACAGUCUCCACAUCCGCCCCGUGCCGGAGGGACGGUACCUGGUGGCCAGUGGCAGUGACGAUGGCUCCAUCCACGUCUGCCUGCUGGAGGUGGCCCUUGAUGGCCAGGUGCCAAAGGGAACCUGCCUGCGUGUCCUGGAGCGGGCAGCCAGGCCCUGUGCCCACGCUGCCCACAUCACAGGGAUCCGGGUGCUGCGGCCGGACCUGCUGCUCUCUGCCUCAGUGGACCAGCGCCUGACACUGUGGGGCUGGGGCCCUGGGGGGCUGGACCCCCUCAGCACCACGUUCUUCCAUGUGCCUGACCUGGCUGAGCUGGACUGCUGGGAGGUGGCAGAAGCUGGGGGGGGCCUGCGGUACUGCUGUGUGCUGUGUGGGCAGGGCCUGGAGAUGCUGCAGGGCACAGCACCCCCCUGA